AUUUAAUUGGUCAUUUGCUUACCGGAUCUGUAUAAAUAGCUUGUGCUGUGAUUGGGAAAAUAUCAGUUGCUUGAUAGCGUUCCAAUUACGAAAUACAAACCAAAGUUUCUACUCAGCUGUAAAAUGGCUUUCAAAUUCUUUGCCCUUUUUGCCUUGGUGGCUGCUGCUAGCGCUGCUGUUCUGCCAAUUGCCGUCAAACACGUUGAAUACCAUGAUGCUCCAGCUGAGUACCAAUUCUCGUACUCGGUUCAUGAUGAGCACACCGGAGAUAUCAAGAGCCAACAGGAAGAACGACAUGGAGACAACGUGAAGGGACAGUACACCCUGAUCGAUGCCGAUGGAUAUCGCCGAGUCGUUGACUACACCGCUGAUGAACACAAUGGAUUCAACGCCGUUGUGCACCGUGAACCUCUGGGCCACAAGGUAGUCAAGGCCGUUGUCCCUGUCGCCAAGGUUGUUGCUCCAGUUGCCCACCACUACGUUGCUCCAGUCGCCAAGAUUGCUUAUCCAGUGCACAAGGUCGCCGUUCCAGUCGCUAAGGUUGCUGUCCCAGUGCACAAGGUUGCCUACACCAACAACCUGGCUACCGUUAGCUUCUCUGCUCCAAGUCUGAAUUAUCAUUACUAAGAACUUGUAAAUUAAAAUGUUGAAUUGUUGAUAAUUGUAGUAUAAAUAGCACAUUUAAACUGAA